UCAUUUUUUCUCUCUCUUUGUGUGUGUGAGAGAGAGAGAGAGAGAUGAGCACAAUUCGCAUAGACUCCGAUACUGGAGCAUUGCAAGAGGAAACCAUCAAAACAUUUUCCACCACCACCGACCAUCACAAACAACACCUUGAUGCCGGUGCUCUUUUUGUUCUCAAAUCCAAAGGGUCAUGGUGGCAUAGCGGCUAUCAUUUGACGACGUCCAUUGUAGCACCGUCGUUGUUGAGUCUACCAUAUGCAUUUGCAUCGCUAGGAUGGACCGCCGGUGUGUUGUCAUUGGUGAUUGGAGCAAUCGUGACUUUCUAUUCGUAUAACCUUAUUUCUCUUGUCCUUGAACACCAUGCCGAGUUGGGUCACCGACAUCUUCGGUUUCGUGACAUGGCAUAUGAUGUCUUAGGCCCAAGAUGGAGUAGAUAUUAUGUAGGCCCAAUCCAAUUUACGGCCUGCUAUGGUACUGUGGUGGGUUUUCACCUUUUGGGAGGUCAAUGCCUUAAGGCAAUAUACGUGCUAUGGAAUUCAGACGGAACAAUGAAGCUAUACGAAUUUGUUGUUAUUUUUGGGGUUUUUAUGUUGAUUUUGGCACAAAUUCCAUCGUUCCAUUCGCUACGUUAUAUGAACCUCAUUUCUCUAGUGUUGUGUCUUCUCUAUAGCGCAUCUGCUGCUGCAGCUUCUAUCUACAUAGGAAAUUCUUCAAAAGGACCCCAUAAAAACUACUCCUUAAGCAACAAUGAUGAAACACGAAUUUUCGGAAUAUUUAAUGCAAUGGCUAUUAUCUCCACAACUUUUGGAAAUGGCAUCAUACCGGAAAUACAAGCAACACUUGCACCUCCAACUAAAGGGAAGAUGUUCAAAGGCUUGUGUAUUUGCUACACGGUGAUCAUAGUAACAUUCUUGAGUGUUUCGGUUUCCGGAUACUGGGCUUUUGGUAACAAAGCAUCCGCCCUCGUUCUAAGCAACUUUAUUGACCAUGAUGGUAACCCAUUGGUUCCAAGAUGGUUCAUCAUGAUGAUCAACAUUUUUACUAUACUACAACUCUCAGCUGUCUCAGCAGUUUACUUGCAACCAACAAACGAAGUUCUUGAAAGAGCCUUUGCGGAUCCAACAAGGAGUGAAUUCUCAGCAAGAAAUGUGAUUCCGAGAGCGAUUUCAAGAUCAAUAUCUGUGAUCUUGGCAACAACAAUAGCAGCAAUGUUGCCCUUUUUUGGUGAUAUUAAUGCAAUGAUAGGCGCAUUCGGGUUUUUGCCACUUGAUUUUGUUUUACCUGUGGUGUUAUAUAAUCUUACAUUCAAGCCGUCAAAACAAAGCCCCUUAUUUUGGUUAAACUCGAGCAUAGCAGUGAUAUUCUCGGCGGUUGGAGUUAUUGCGGCGGUUGCUGCUCUAAGACAGAUAAGUCUAGAUGCAAAGACUUAUAAAUUGUUUGCUAAUGUAUGAUCUAAUCAUCUUUCCAACGAGAUAGCUUGAACUAUGUACAAGUUCUACAAACAUAAAUCAAAUAUAUAUUUCUUUA